AUGCCGCCUGUUGAACGCGGUUGGAUCACCUUCUUCGUCGACCGCGUCUUCGGCUGGUGGUCCGGCUUACCUAGAGAAACAAGCAGCUACACAACUGAAUUCAUCCAAAUCCCAAGCGGAGAUGUGAAACUCGCUGCAAAUCUAUAUCAACCAACCACUUCCCCUCGCGGCACGAUUCUCAUCCGUACGUCCUACGGUAUUGCACCGCUCAUGGCUCUUGGAAACGCACGUAUGUUCGCUUCGCGAGGUUACCAGGUCUUACUCGCCGCAUGUAGAGGCACAGAUCCUUCUGACGGUCAGGACGUCGUACCUGCAGUUCAUGAAGCAGAAGAUGGUCUUGCGACUGUUGCUUGGAUGCGUGAACAGCCUUGGUAUACGGGAUCGUUCGCUACCUACGGGGGAUCGUAUCUUGGACAUACCCAGUGGGCUAUUUUGACCGAUCCACCACCGGAUAUGAAGGCUGCUAUCAUCAGUACUGGCCCAGUCGACUUUGGUGCCUUUACUUGGGGCACUGGAGCGAUGGAAACACAUAUGAUCGCCUGGGCAGCCUUGAUGACUGCCCCGAAGCGGGGUAUCACUCCUGGUUUGCCAUAUAUCAGGAAGCUACCUCAAACACUGCAGCCUGUGUACGAUUCUCUGCCUCUCAUGGAUGGUAUAAAGGACCAUUUGCAGAAUAAGGAGCCCCCGUGGCUGGAAGAAUUAAUCAGUCAAAGUGAUACGUCCACUCCGUUUUGGUCGAGGGCUGAUCAGAGUGUCGCACUGCAAAAAGCCAAGAUUCCGAUCUUGCAGUCGACAGGGUGGAACGAUAGCGUUCUGCCGAUGAUUUUGAACCAGCACAGCGUUUUAGUGGAACAAGGAGCACCGGCCUUUCUGACCAUCGGUCCAUGGUCACACCUUGGCUCACAACGAGGUCCAACGUUGAUUGAAGGUUUACAGUUCUUUGAUUACUAUCUCGCCGGUCGCGGCACCGCUCCUAGAGCAUCGCCAUGUCGAGUUUUCGUUACAGGCUUGAAUGAAUGGCGAGAUCUGACCAGCUGGCCACCGCCCGCUUCGUCCACGCGAGACUUCUUCUUAUCCCCCAACACCCUCAGCAAAGAACAGCCUAAGCAAGCAUCAAGUUCAAGUUUUACAUUCAACCCUAAUGACACAACUCCUCCUAUUGGUAUGCCUCGACCUUUCGACGAUGUCCAGCCCACAAACUACAAUGACACUCAGCUCGCACAACGCUCCGAUGUUGCGGUCUUCGAUACCCCACCACUCGAGAGUGAUAUAGAAGUCUGCGGCAAACCAUUGAUCGAACUUCAUCAUUCCACCGAUAAUCCACACGCUGAUAUUCUAGUUCGGCUUAGCGAAGUCGAUAGCAGGGGAAAGUCUACCCGCAUAAGUGAUGUUUACAAAAGACUAGAUCCUACAAGAGGUCCUGAGCCGCUGAGUCUUGUGUUGGUGGAUUGCGCGCAUGUUUUCCGCAAGGGAAUGAAGAUCCGUGUGAUCAUCGCCGGUGGUGCACAUCCAGCUUAUUUGCGCAACCUCGGAACGGGGGAAAACCAGGCGUACGGGGCGACGACCAAACCGGCAGUUCACACGAUUCAUCAUUCUAAAGACGCUGUGUCAAGACUAACUCUCCCCGUCACGGCUCGAAAUUAAUCCUGCUUUUGGCCUGGCUGUUCGCAGCCGUGGCAAUGGUAAAGCUGCAGUUGAGGGACCGGCUCAAGCCGGAUAUCUCUACUCAAGAAGGCCACCAUCGGGGUAUAAAUGUGAGAUCUGCAGGAUCGCCUGGCUACGGAGAAUGAAGAUUGAAACUCGUGGUAGUAACUAGGACGACUAUCCUUACUGGAUUCUUUAUAAUAGGGUCAUGAAUAUCUACAGAGAUCUCCGGAAUCGCUGCCAGGCCCAGUGAACUGGUGCUAGGAGUGGCUGGUUCGGUCAUCUCAGGACAGAGAGUAUUUUGCAGAUCUGCACGAAUAGUAAC